UACACAUAAAUAUAAUAAUUUUAAAGCUUACUAAAUAUUUUUCAUUCAAAGUUUAUUUUUAUUUCACUCUCUUCGGGUACCUUGCGAGGCGCAGUGUACGUGUUUAAUCCAAGUGUUGCUACAGCUUUGCAAUUUGCCAUGGAAAACAACACUUUACAAAAUGAAAUAAUAGUGCAAGAUGAAAACAACGGGGUGCUAACUUCAAUGCAUAAGAAGCUGGACUCCUUGAAUGUUUCCUUUAACGAGGAUUGGUGCAUUUAUAAAGUUCCUGAAUAUUUGUUGAAGGGGUAUGAAUAUUUUUAUCAGCCUUUAUUGAUGUCGAUUGGUCCCGUAUUCUAUAAAGAUCCAAAACUAGAACCCAUGCAAAAGGUUAAAUGGAUUUACUUGAAAAGGUUCCUUCAACAUCCCGAGAAUGCUUGCCAAAACUUGAAUCCUUACAUUGAUUAUGUAAGGGAUAAGAAAGGAGAAAUCUGCAGAUGUUAUCAGCAAGAAAGUAGGCUAUCUAGCGAUGAGUUUGUUGAAAUGAUAGUGCUUGAUGCUGCAUUCCUGGUCUACCAUUGCUUGAUGAACUGGUUUUACUCGUUUGAUGAACCUUUAGUUGGGAAUAAUUUAAUAGCACAAAUGGCUUAUGCGAAUAAUGAUUUAUUUCGGUUGGAGAACCAAAUUCCUUAUUUUGUUCUCAAGGGAUUCUUUCAUAUAGCAUUUGGUCACAUCUACCCACCUAUUACUCUUAUUCGUGCUACUCUUACCUUCAUAGACAGUCUAUCAAGAGUACUAUUGAAGGUAAUAAAAUUACAGUUGAAUCAAACAUUAAACAUUUAUUAGAUCUGCAAAGGAUGUGUUGUUGCCUUUCUUUGAGCGCACCAUUGCACAACCAACCAAAUACAAAUCCAAUAACAGCCGAUUCAGAUUCAUACAUACACAAGGUCAUGUCUUGGAUCUGUCCGUCAUCAUUAUAUAAUAGGCUGCGUAAGCGUCAUCUCAAGACGAAAGCUGAUUAUAAUUCUUUUCGUCAUCUUCGUUACACUGCCAAGCAACUAAAUGAUGCAGGAGUGACAUUUGUGGCAGGUGAAACUGACAAUCCACUUGAUGUUACAUUUGUUAACGGGAUACUCAGGAUUUCGAAAUUAAAUAUAUAUGAUGAAACAGAAUCUCACCUGCGGAACUUGGUUUAUUUUGAACAGUGCCAUUAUUUGAAAGAUACUUACUUCAUUGAUUAUAUUUUCUUCCUUGAUCAAUUGAUAGACACCGUGGAAGACGUGGAAGUGUUAGUUAAAAACAAAAUUAUAUGUAAUGAUCUAGGAAGUGAUGAUGAUGUUGUAAAGCUUUUCAACAAUAUUGGCAAAAAUGUGAUUGUAUCAUGGAAGAAUUACUACGAUGUCAGCGAUGAUCUGAAUCGCUACGCUUCAACCCGUAGGCAUAAAUGGAUGGCUAUUUUGAGGAGCAAAUACUUCAAUCAUCCAUGGACAAUUUUGUCAGUGAUCGCUGCAAUCAUACUUUUUGUGCUUACUUUAUUACAGACUAUUGCAGCUUACAUCUACAAGUAGUCCAACUGCCAAUGCUGAAUGUUUUGAAGAUUGUUGCCGAUGUUGCCAUGUCAGCUACUGCAAUGAAAUCAGAGACUUGAAUCAUAUUCAGGGUGUUGAGGUUUUUUUUUUUUUUUUUUUUUUUUUUUUUUUUUUUUUAGAGAUGCAAGUUUGCAACCUAGCUACUAUAUGUAAAUCUGAUAUCUGAUCGUAAUAGUAACUUAAUGUUGUACUUUAAUUUGUUGUUGGUAAAUCUAUUAAUGUUAUAUGCCUUCAAUUCGGAUAUUAGUGACAUAUGAUAUUGUUUACUUCAAUUUAUUAUUUUAACAUGUUUAGACAUACCAAGUUGCAACCUUUCGUUUUUGAGACACAGUAUCUGACUACUUCGAGUUUUUACAUGAUUUUUUUUCUUUUUUCUUUUUUUACACUAGACUCUAUAAACAUUGAAUUUUUUUCUUUUUUUAUGAUGAUUUAUGAAAAUAAUCACCCUAUCAUGCAAUGUCUUCUAAGUUCUAACAAAACAUUAAAGAGUGCACUUGUAUGACUUAUGUAAAUGCAGAUGGAAAACAAGGAAGUACAAAGAAAUAACAAUGUCGGAUCAAAUGAGUAGAGAGCGAGGAAAAAAAAUCAAUGUGAAACAAGCUCGGAUCAUUGUCUUUAGUUACCACUAUU